AUGAUCCAACCGGCACGGGUACUGCCCUCGAAUGCGCCGCCUCUUGCCGAUACUGAGAAUAGUCACUCGUCAAGAGUGUUGCAGGAACACUCAGGCAACAGACAGCAUCACGACUAUUCUUAUGGCAACCCUUCUGAGCAGAAAUACCCAGCAUCACUACUGACGGAGAAUGUUUAUACUGGUCAGCAGAUCUCACAACCAUUGCAUCAUUAUCGACAGACGCCGCUGCAAAGGCACCACUAUCGACAUGGCCAUGGACGACACUACAUGGGCGGGGACGAUAUCACACGCAUCAAGAAGGCCGCCGCUAUUCUAUAUCAUCGCUUUCGAAACUCGGAACAGUACAUGAAGUAUCGUGGUCGACAGCACAAGGACGACAAGGGCAACCAAGGAGAACAGAAAUGGCCAGACCGUCUCGAGCUCGCGUUCUUUGAAGCUCUUGUCCGCUGGCCACCAAUGGGUCGUCGCAAGAUGAUGCACAAGGACAAGCAACGAGGCCGCAACGAGCUGAUUGCUGAUUACAUCGAAGAAGUGACGGGCGAAGCACGAACGAGGAAACAGGUGUCAAGUCACAUUCAGGUGUUGAAGCCAUUCGUCGAAGGCGAUCCCUUCAUCAUGAGGAUGCUAUCAAAGGAAGACCUCUGCGGACCUGGCGGCCAGCUGUACCGCGGCGGUGGAAGGGCGGCAUCUUAUCACCACGACACAAGACGGACGUCAACAUACCCUGGCAUGAUCCCGCACGCCCCCUCCGCAGCAGCCACAGUACCGAUCGACGCCCACAUGAUCCAGAAGGCCAAAUCGCUCCUCGAAGUCUUCGAACCACUAGAAUUCCAAAUGUUCGUCCAGCAAAAAUUCAAAGACGACAGUGUCAACCGCCUACACACCUACACCCAAUCCAUCUCCGACCCCAAACAACCCGACGACGAGCACCUCCCAGACUGGCACUCCCUCCAACGCUCCCCCCUCCUGGCCUCAAUCCACGCCGUCCGACCUCUAGACUGCAACGUCCUCCUCGCAGAAGCAUCCCUAGCCUUCCCCACCCGCAGCUUCAAAGGCGAAGACGGCAAAUCCCUCCCCGGCGUCGAACUGGGAAUCUCCUUCUUAUGCAACAGCCGCCACCUCCCCGUCGACGCCCACAUUACCUGCUCAACCAAUUUCUACCACAACAUGCGCCACCUCAAAGACCACAGCGGCCGUGCGCAGGUCCAGCUAACGGAGUCGUCCGAUCGGACAAGUGUGGAGACGCAGCUGAAAUUCGGUAGUAACUUUUGGGCCAAGACGCUCGCGACCCUCGCUGGGUCUGUAAACGCACCUGCCACGUCGUCCAGAGAUCCGAGACAGGAAGUACGGGAUCACAUAGCGGGCAUCACAGCGGCGCAGGAAGUCGCGGUGAGAACUGAGACGGGCCAUGAGCGUCUGCUCGUUAUCCACUGGAAAUUCCGACUUUCGAAUGCGGAGCGAGGGAGGGCUUAUUGGAGGCGUCUCAUCCUGCCGCAAUCCUCAUCGUCAUCCACGUCGUCAGAAGAAGAACAACAUUACGGGGAUCCUCGGCCCAAAACAAACCGCAAUGACUCCGUUUACGAUUACAGCCUUACCUACACUGAUCCCACUCCAUACGCCUCUGCCUCGACAUCUCAGCCUGCGUUGCAAUCACCCUUCGAAUACGACAGCACCUCCGGCAGUGGCUCAGCUCUCACAUCCGCUACCUGGCCCUCUAUGGACGAAACCAACACAGCACCCCACAGCGCCAUCGACGGCAACUUCCCCGACCACGCUUUCGACUUCGACGGUGGGAACAUCAACCUCUCCUACGACCCAACCUUGGAUUUCGGUAACUUCGACAGCACAGCCUUCGAUGUCACCGUUUCAGACUCCAUCCCAGGAACGACAGGCGCGGAAUUCGGCACCGACCCGGCAUUGGGAGAAUACUCUCAAACGAGUACUGUGCAGGAGUAUGGACAAGGAAGCCAGGAAUACUCUCAACCAGAAUUCUCCCAACCCGCCGCCGCCGACUACUCCCACACACAACCUCAGCCUCACACACAGCCAGGGUACACGCAAGACUUUACGCAGCCCUGGACCGACUCCUACACCACCACCUUCGACUCGCAACUCUCAGCCGGCGCCAGCUCCUACCCGAACGACGCGCACGACUCCGGCGUCUUCGAGGGCUACCACGCUGGCUAUGAUCCCACCUACCAACCCACCCUCGGCCCACCUGAAGGACAAGCCUACGGAGGCGCGGGACAGGACGCGGUGGUGAAGGAGGAGGGGGAUGGGGGCGAUUCGUUGAAUGCGUUGGCGGAUGUGGCUGGGUCGAGGUUUUUGGGUCAUGCGCAGUGA